ACUCUAUUGCACCAAACUCUCUCUCUCUCUCUCUCUCUCUCUCUCUCUCUCUCUCUCUCGUCAUGAUGUCAAGGCUCGUAGAACCACUUGCCUUAGGGAGAGUGGUAGGAGAGGUGGUGGACAAUUUCACUCCGGUUGUGACAAUGGAUGUAAUGUACAACUCCAAGAAUCAUGUUUUGAAUGGCCAUGAGAUCAUGCCUUCUCUCACUACUGCUAGACCCCGUGUAGAGAUUGGUGGUGAAGACAUGAGAGCUGCUUAUACCCUGAUUAUGACAGACCCAGAUGCUCCAGGCCCUAGUGAACCGUAUUUACGCGAACAUCUCCACUGGAUUGUCACGGACAUUCCCGGUACAACUGACGUUUCAUUUGGAAGAGAAAUUGUGAGUUACGAGACUCCAAAGCCGGUUAUCGGCAUCCACAGAUACGUAUUCCUCUUGUUCAAGCAGAAAACAAGAAUGACAGUGAGGCCACCAGGCUCAAGGGACUAUUUCAACACAAGGAAUUUCUCAGAAGAGAAUGAUUUGGGACUACCAGUGGCUGCAGUUUACUUCAAUGCACAGAGAGAAACUGCUGCAAGAAGGAAAUGAGAGAGAGAGAGAGAGAGAGAGAGAGAAUUCAACUUUCAGUCUCAUCUGAAGUGAUCUUUGAUUAAAAGAGUACAAAUUAAAGAGGGUGUUCGACCUUGUCGGCAGUUUUUA